AUGGGUCAACUUAUUCACGACCAGUCGCUCUGCGAAAGAGCCAAGCGAUGCAUUGACAAUAAAUCAGAUUGUUCAAGUUCUCAACCUGAUCGAAAGAGUGUUCAUUUGAGCAAUGAAAAUCAAGGACCACCUGUGGACAGGUCUGCUAAUCCAACUGUUCCCAGACAAUUUUCCCUCGAUGGAGCUGCCCCAAACAUGUUUCCUAGUGCUGGAUAUUUCCCUCUUCAAGGUGCUCCCAAUCCAGGUGCUCCCACAUACCCAAAUCUCAGCAACUAUACCCUUGUCCCUAUUCCAGAUUCUGCCCGUCAAGCUGUCCCAAAUCGACGUCGCACCCAUACAUUUGUCCCAGUUCCAGUUAUUUCCGAUGAAGAUGUCGCUAGCCCAAAUGCCUUAGAUGUCUCUAGCCCGACUGCCUCAGAGCAAGCUAUCUCCAACUCUCCUCAAGCUGUGACUGUUGAUCGAAUUAACCAAGCUGACGCUGAUCAAGCUCUCGUCAAUGAAUUUGCCACUGUGCUAGCUAUAGCCAGUCAAAUUCCCGUCCAUCAAGCUGCCGCCAUGCAGAGGCCGGUCAGAUUUACAGUCAAUCAAUCAAUGGCACCCUCCUCUAGGAGUCUCUCUCUUCAGAUGUUGACGAUUGCUGAAGCAGGAAGUGAAUUAUUGAGGCGGUGGGACGCUUCGUAUUAUACUCAUAUCAGCAUAAAUGAGAUCUCUUUCACACUGGACAAUCAACCAAUAGCUUCUGAUCAAACUGAUGCGCCUUUUACCGAUCAAGCUGCCGCCGAUCAAGCUCUCGUCAAUCGAGCUAUCAUAGAGCUAGCUACCGUCGACCGUCUUACCGACACCGCCAAUCAAGCAACCGCGGGUUUCUUUGUGAGGCUCUACUCUGGGCUGUUUAAAGCAGGUGGAAUUCAACGCGACACAGUGAGACGUUGGAUCCAAUCGGGCAAUGCCCGUUUACCCGCCAAUCUAGACGUUUCACGACUUGCAGUUGCAUUAGUUGAGAACCCUAGUGGGGCACAAAUCUUCGCACAAUCGUCGACGACUAUUCGAGCAGUGGACGCUUUAGAAAGGGACUUCCAGCUUAGGAUCCAACAACAGCGACAGUCAAUAUCAUUAUCUCAGCAAGAGCAGCCGAAUGAUUCCAGCUUGCGCCACAGUCAGGAGGGACCCGAGGCCGUUGAAGAAGUAAGGGACGAAGAUCAAGACUCUGACGCUGCAAUUUUGUUUCCUGACAACCCAUAUCUACGUGGAUUUUCAAGGGAAGAAAUGUAUGCUCAAACCUUGAGGAAUCGUUAUGCGAGUAAUCAAGGAUCUCGUCGAGGGAUGGAUGGUGCGUCUUCUGAAGAGCAUCGCCGCAUGGAGAUGCGUAAUCGUGGACGAAGAAAUGCCAUUCAAUUAGGAAGUGAUGCAUUGUCUCCAGGCAGCAAUACCACUGCUACUUAUUCUGGACCUCUAGAUGUUGAUGGUUCAUAG